AUGACUGACUCCAGCAGGCUUACUGCGGUGUCCACACUGACUGAUCUGAACGAUCGGACCUCAGCGUCAGACACAGAGUGUGGAGAGGAGCCUGAUCUCCAGCCAAGAGCUCUGGAGGCACCUCAGGCAGCGGAUGCAGAAGACACUGCAAUAUCAUCAUCAUCAACUGACAUCAUCGUGUCGAAGGUUGAUAACGUGUUGCUGUCUGAGAGUGGCAGACAGUGUUUCCUCUGUGAUUUUGGACUAUCUGAGACUCUCAAUCAAGAUGGAUACAGCACCAAAACCUUCAGAGGGAACAUUCUGCGUGGCACUGAGUCUCAUAUGCCGCCGGAGGUGACGAGGGGUGAUCCUCGCUCUGAUAAAGUGGACGUCUGGUGCAGCUGCUGUAUGUUACUGCACAUGCUCAACGGACACCAGCCCUGGACACGAUACUACCCUCAUCCUCUCUAUCUGAAGAUUGUGAGUGAGCCGCCUCCUUUAUGGGAGAUUCCACCUGACUGUGACCCGCUGACCUGUGAUGUCAUCAAAGGAGGACUGGUUAAAGAGCCGAGAGAGAGACAUUCGGCGUCAGAAUUACUGCAAAAGACGUAUGGGCUUUCUAGUCCUGAGGAAUCAGCUAAACAGCUUUCAGCAUCUGCAUUCAAGGAAUGUCUGAAUGUGGACUUGCACAAGACACCAUCCAUCACAGAAACUCCUGGCUUCCCAGAAGACCUCUCAGUACCCACAAUCCACUGGGAGAGUGAGUGGGAUGAAGAUGCUGAUAUGAACAGACUAAGAAGAGAGAAGAUGAGAAGCAGGAUGGACAGAUACUGGAGCGAGGAGGAAAAUAACGAGGAGCAAGACUUUUCAGAAGAUGACAGAGAGCUCGAAUCAGAUGAAGACACAUCGCAGAUCAAUGAUAGUGAUUUGAAGAGUCUUCGAGAGCUUGGAAGCGACUGGGCGCAGGAGUUGGAGCCGUUUCUACAGCUCCAGACACUUUAUUGCCCAAAAGAAGCUCAACUGCAGAGCCAAGACAGCUAUUUGGAGUCUGAAGAGGAGUCGGUCAUGCUGAGGGAGAGUGAUCAAAAAGGAAUACGUUUACCUGAUUCUCAUGGACCGCAACCUUUCACUUGCACCAUCCGCUGUGACUCUGUGCAAGGUCUUAGUGAUGAGGACUCUGAUGAUUUAAGCUCGGGGGUCUUUUCCUCCUGUAGUACCGCAGAUGGUCAAAGCUUCAAUGUGGAUUGGUCAGUGAACACUGAUCAGACGCCGUUUUGCUACUUUGAAGGACUUGGCGUGGAUAUAUGGGUUGAAGAUGUAAGUGGAGAGAGUCUAAAGAUCAGAGAGAGGCCACAGGUGAAAAUCGGACACAUAGCUGUGGGAAUCAGCGAACAGAUAUCUUUGAGGACCUUCAGUUUGGCCACCCUAGACGAGCGUCUGGUGUUUUCGGAAACAGAAGUGUUCGAGUCGGGCAUGUGGUUGCAGUGUGUUCCUGCUCCUGACGGCAGUCCCAGCUGGGAUUGGAUGAUCAGAGACGGAAAACUGGAGCUGCAAGAAUAUAAUGAACAUACAGAUACCUGCUCAACUGUGGCGCUCUAGCAAAAGUGACAAUUGCAAAACAAAAAGAACUGAGCUUUAUGCAUCCCAUUCCAUUAUUUUCGAGCUUUAUGAUGUUCACUUCAUUCAUUUGUGUAGUAACUUGUUUUUGAUUGAAUUUAAACAUUUUCAAAAUUCUCUGUUUUUCUAAGCUUAAUCAUAAUGUUUCAAAUUGUACGGUUUACUUUGUACACUGUUGAUAGUUUUGUUAAGAAGACAACACUGUUUAGCUUCAGUGCUAUACAUAAU